AUGUGUAUACAGGUCGUCGAACGCUAUGCAGUAUGUCGAUGCAUCUAUCAUCGUCACUCGCUCGACCCAUGCGCGGCAUAUGGCUCCCGUAGUCACGGCAUCACCGAACGAAUCGUCUUCGUCGGAUACAAAUGCCCGUCGCAUACCAAUACAUGA